UGGGCCUUGGAAGGUUGGCGGGACCGUUAGACGCGAGAGCAAGGGCGCGUGGGUUGUGAACGCGAGUUCUCGCGGUGGCGGUUGUCAUGGCAGCGGCUGCGGGGCCUGGAGGAGGCGAAGCGGCCUCGGCCUCCGCCGCCGACGAAGGCGGCGGCGCGGACAGGGGGAGCCCCCCCGGCUCGGACCCACGACGCCUGGGGCCGGGGGGGCGAGAGGAAGAGGAGGCGCCGGGGCAAGGCAGCGCGGGGGGCCCGGCCAACCAAAGCCACGCGCCCUCGUCGUCGCCGCCGCCCCGCGAAGCCGAGGUCACCGUGGAGAUCGGGGAGACUUACCUGUGUCGGCGCGGGGACGGGACGUGGCAUUCUGCAGAAGUGAUUCAGUCGCGGAUCAAUGAGCAAGAAGCCAGGGAGGAGUUUUAUGUGCACUAUGUUGGGUUCAACCGGCGUCUGGAUGAGUGGGUGGACAAAAACCGCCUGGCCCUCACCAAGACAGUAAAAGAUGCAGUACAGAAGAACACAGAUCAGUACAUGAAUGAACUGUCUGAGCAGCCAGAGCGCAAGAUCACUCGGAACCAGAAGCGCAAACAUGAUGAAAUCAACCAUGUGCAAAAGACGUAUGCUGAGAUGGAUCCCACCACAGCAGCUUUGGAGAAGGAGCACGAAGCAAUCACCAAGGUGAAAUACGUGGACAAAAUCCAUAUUGGGAACUAUGAGAUUGACGCUUGGUAUUUCUCACCAUUCCCAGAGGACUAUGGGAAGCAGCCCAAGCUGUGGAUCUGCGAGUACUGCCUCAAGUACAUGAAAUUUGAGAAGACCUACCGCUAUCAUCUGGGACAGUGUCAGUGGCGGCAGCCACCAGGGAAGGAGAUCUACCGCAAAAACAACAUUUCAGUGUAUGAGGUGGAUGGCAAAGAUCACAAGAUUUACUGCCAGAAUUUGUGUCUCUUAGCCAAACUGUUCCUGGACCACAAGACUCUCUACUUUGAUGUGGAGCCUUUUGUCUUCUACAUUCUCACUGAGGUCGACAGGCAAGGAGCUCAUAUUGUCGGCUACUUCUCCAAGGAGAAGGAGUCACCAGAUGGCAACAAUGUCGCCUGCAUCCUCACCUUGCCCCCAUACCAAAGAAGGGGCUAUGGGAAGUUCCUCAUUGCUUUCAGCUAUGAGCUCUCCAAACUGGAAAGCACAGUGGGUUCCCCAGAGAAGCCCCUCUCAGAUCUAGGCAAGCUGAGCUACCGUAGCUACUGGUCGUGGGUCUUGCUAGAGAUCCUCCGGGACUUCCGAGGUACCCUCUCCAUCAAAGACCUCAGUCAGAUGACAAGCAUCACGCAAAAUGACAUCAUCAGUACGCUGCAGUCUCUGAACAUGGUCAAGUACUGGAAGGGGCAGCAUGUCAUCUGCGUCACACCCAAGCUGGUCGAGGAGCAUCUCAAAAGUGCCCAGUACAAGAAGCCUCCCAUCACAGUGGAUUCCCUGUGUCUGCGAUGGGCACCUCCGAAACACAAGCAAGCCAAGAUUUCCAAGAAGUGAAGGAGAAACUGAUCUAAGCAAUGGAAGCAGCUUGGCUUCAAUACACAUCCAUCCUUCGUUUUAA